CAGGCAGCAGCUGCUGUUGAUACAGUGAACUGCCGUUGGUGAUGUGGAUGAAAUAACGGUGUCUACUCCACUGGCUUUGGGUGGGAAAUAGCGAUAUAAAAAACAUUUUUUUAUUGACGUUUUGACAUUGUACUUGAGUGCGACGCCUCAUAAGAGCGUGUUACAUUUCUUGGCUUUGUUUUGAUUACGAGGACAAGCAACAGUAAGCUAUUGCCAAGCUAGGAAGGCUAGCUAACGUAAGCUAACAGCUAGCAGCGCUCGGCUCAGAUCAGGCUCAGCUGCAGACACUUGCCAGCUUUAUAAAAAAAAAAGAGAUAAGUUUCUGGGGUUCAAACAAUGAUGCAGUGAUUGGAGACGCGGUUGGCUGUCGUCUGAGUAUUAGACCAGUUAACUUUUUCUACUCCAGAAGGUUUGCAAUCGACUUGAGACGAUGAGCUAAACUGAUGCUUUGAUUCAAAGCAGCGCAGAUCAAACAACUGCAGAGGAGAUGGGUCAGCUUUGGCGACGAGAUAUCACCCUGUCAGAGAGGUUGGGGAAUGACUCUCCUGUCGGCUUCGCCCCGGGGCCCCCAGCAACGGUGGCCCCACAACAAUCCAAUACUUCCUGGGUACCAGAAGCCCCAGUGGUCGCACCAGAAGAGCCCAUUUUCCUCAUGACCUCCACUGCCCAAACUAUAUCGGGUUUUUUCGUAUGGACAGCUCUUUUGAUCACAUGUCACCAGAUCUACAUGCACCUACGUUACUACAGCUCCCCAAAUGAACAGAGGCACAUCGUCAGGAUCCUCUUCAUAGUCCCCAUCUAUGCCUUCGACUCCUGGCUCAGCCUUCUUUUCUUCACCAAUGAGGAGUACUAUGUGUACUUUGACACAGUCCGAGACUGCUAUGAAGCCUUUGUCAUCUACAACUUCUUAAGUCUGUGUUAUGAGUAUCUGGGAGGAGAGAGCGCCAUCAUGGCUGAGAUCAGAGGGAAACCUAUUGAGUCCAGCUGUGUGUAUGGGACCUGUUGCCUGUGGGGAAGGACGUACUCCAUUGGCUUCCUCAGGUUUUGCAAACAGGCAACUCUCCAGUUCUGCGUGGUGAAACCUCUGAUGGCAGUGAUCACUGUCAUUCUUCAGGCUUUCGGGAAAUACAGAGAUGGAGAUUUUAACGUGGCGAGCGGUUACCUGUAUGUGACCAUAAUCUACAACAUCUCCGUCAGUCUGUCACUCUACGCUCUCUUCCUCUUCUACUUCGCCACACGUGAACUGCUGGUCCCAUACAACCCCGUGCUCAAGUUCUUCAUGGUCAAAUCGGUCAUCUUUCUCUCCUUCUGGCAAGGGAUGCUGCUGGCCAUCCUGGAGAAGUGCGGGGCCAUCCCUCAGAUCAGCUCGGCUGACUUCUCUGUGGGCGAGGGAACAGUUGCCGCUGGUUACCAAAACUUUAUCAUCUGCAUUGAGAUGUUCUUUGCUGCUGUUGCUUUGCGCCAUGCCUUUACUUACAAGGUCUACAUGGAUAAAAGACUGGAUUCAUAUGGCUCAUUUCCUAUCUAUGGACAGUACGGUCGCUGUGCCCCAAUGAAGAGCAUCUCCAGCAGCCUGAAGGAGACCAUGAAUCCAGGGGACAUGGUCCAGGACGCCAUCCAUAACUUCUCCCCAGCUUAUCAGCAGUACACCCAGCAGUCCACACUGGAGCGAAGCGGGGGGCCGCCCCUCUCCCGCAGCCACAGUAACCUCAGCACCCGCGGAGACAACGAAAAGACCCUUCUGCUCAGCUCUGACGACGAGUUCUGAGACUCGCGCACACGCUCAAUUUACUCCUGUAGCCCAAAUUGAAUUUUUAUCAACUAUGUGAGACAAAUCAGAUCUUUUGUUGCUACAUUAACGUUACAGAUCAGAUUUUGUUUUCUUUUUUCUUUUACAUCUCAUAGCUCACAUUCAGGUGUGCAGAGAUUUAUUUCUAUACAUUUAGACUGGUUAACAGGCUGUGGGAAGGGAAUGAGUGUUUUUACAAGGAAAGAGGCAAAGUAAUUGAUACAGUAGGAGAAGAGGAUGGGAGAAGAGAAGUCAUGAUUUUUUAGACAUAAGGUUCAUUAACUAGUGAAGCUGUCAUUUGUGUUGAUGUCAUUGAGGCCAUUGCUGACAGAUCUACCAUAUCUCAUGGGUACAAAUAACUGUGCCUGCAUAUAGCAUUGUUCUGCUGCACUUUAAAGAAAAAAAGACAGAUAUAAGGUGUAUGCUAUAGUCAAUAAGUGCCAUCUUCAUCUGAAACACAUGGCCUCUUUUUUUCACUUUUUAUAUUGAUUCUUAAUCCAAACUCCUCCUCAGUCCUCUGCCAAUUCUGCCUCUUACCGCAACAUUGCCAAAUAGAGGGAGCACCCUGUGCUCCUGUCAAUGAGACACACUGUCUUAAGAUUUAGAAUUGAUUUAUAGUCAAGCAAAACUACGGAGCCUUUGAAUUGCCAGGCUUCAUUUUAAUAUAUAAGAAUCUAAUCUCUUUUUUUAUUUUAUUUAAAUGUUGUAUGACCUUGAAGGUUUAACUCGUUUAAAGAGUAGUUUGUUGGAAAAUUGUUAUUCCUGAAAUGUUAUAAAUAUUCUGUGUUUGUUUUCAUUUUGUAUGAACAAGUGACUCAAAAGUGUAA